UCUUCUUAGUUUACUGUACUGCUUGCUUUUGAGCUUAUGGUGAAAAAUUCCACUUUCCAAGUAGGGUUGAAGAGGGAGGGCCCAGGAGGAUGUCGAAUCAGUCUUCCCCCAACCUCAGGAAGUAAAGUCCACUGGCAGGAGUGUCUAAAUUGGCUGUAACCUCUUGGACUCUUACAACACUUGCUUAUUUUCACAAUGCAGUAAAAUGAAAUGCCUUAGGAAAAGAAGAACAUUCAAGAAAAUUAUAUAAUUUUUUUUUCCUCCCAAACUGGAUCACCUGUGGAAGACUCCUUUGCCGACAUCAAAGAGAUUUUCUGCACUUAAAAACAAAGCAUCAUGCUGAAGGGGGCAGGGAAGGCCCAACCUUAUACUGAAAACCCAGAUGGAGGCUGGGGAUGGAUGAUUGUACUUCACUUCUUUCUGGUAAAUGUGUUUGUGAUGGGGAUGACGAAGACUUUUGCAAUUUUCUUCGUGGUUUUUCAAGAAGAAUUUAAAGGCACCUCAGAGCAAAUUGGUUGGAUUGGAUCUAUUAUGUCAUCACUUCGUUUUUUUGCAGGUCCUCUGGUUGCCAUUAUUUGUGACUUACUUGGUGAAAAAAUGGCCUCCAUUCUUGGAGCUUUCCUUGUUACUGGUGGAUACCUGAUCAGCAGCUGGGCUACAAGCAUUCCCUUUCUUUGUGUGACUAUGGGAUUUUUACCUGGCUUGGGUUCUGCUUUACUGUACCAAUCAGCUGCUGUGAUGACUACCAAAUACUUCAAAAAACGAUUAGCUCUUUCUACAGCUAUUGCCCGUUCUGGGAUGGGGCUGACAUUUCUGUUAGCACCUUUUACAAAAGUCCUGAUAGACCUCUAUGACUGGACAGGUGCCUUUAUAUUAUGUGGAGCCAUCACAUUGAAUUUGGUGCCCUCCAGUAUGCUCUUAAGACCCAUCCAUAUCAAAAGCAAGAGCAAUUUGGGUAUUAAAGAUAAAGGCAGCAGCUUGUCUGCAGGCGGUCCAGAGGCAGUGUGUGUCACAGAAACAUCACACUACAAUGAGAUACAAGAGUCCACCAUCAGGGACACUGUUAUGCAGAAGGCUGGACAACCCGGUACAAGUUUAGCAGUCUCACAAAAUCAAAACGAAGAGUUCAACAAUGGGCCUAACAGGAACAGACUGUUCCUAGUAACUGAUGAAGAAAGUCACAAGAAAAAGGCAAUUUCGUGGAACUGUAAACAAGAACUCUUUGAUAUUUCUCUUUUUAAGAACCCUUUCUUCUACAUAUUUACCUGGUCUUUUCUCCUUAGUCAGUUGGCCUAUUUCAUCCCCACAUUUCACUUGGUAGCCAGAGCCAAAACACUGGGGAUUGACAUGAUGGAUGCCUCGUACCUCAUUUCUGUAGCUGGUAUCAUUGAGACAGCCAGUCAGAUUAUCUGUGGAUGGGUUGCUGAUCAAAACUGGAUCAAGAAGUAUCAUUACCACAAGUCUUACCUCAUCCUCUGUGGCCUCACUAACCUGCUUGCUCCUUUAGCCACCACAUUUCCACUACUCAUGACCUACAUCAUCUUCUUCGCCAUGUUCUCUGGUGGUUAUUUGGCAAUGAUACUUCCUGUACUGGUUGAUCUGUCUGAGAAUUCUAGCGUACACAGGUUUUUGGGACUUGCUAGUUUCUUUGCUGGGAUGGCUGUCCUUUCUGGACCACCUAUAGCAGCUGACCCAGUGACAGAACUUUUCAAGCCUAUCAGGUCAAAAGAAUACAAAGGUAACAAACACCAGGGCAAAGAAUAUUUUAUGCAAAUAAUAAAACUAACAAAACUACAUUUUUAGAGAUCUUGUUUUAUA